UGCUGACACAUAAUAUUCUCUUUUCUUUUCUUUUUUUGUUUGCUUCUCUUACUGAAUACUUCCCGCUUAAAAGGUGGCGAUUCCUUCUCCAUCCCCUCGUCUUCCUUUUACUCUUUCCUCCUCCCCCUUUUUUUUCUUCCUUCUCGUUCUUUGUCUAUAUACUUUAACAUAUUUAUUCCCUUUUGUUUAAAUUUUUUUUUUGAGGUAGAAAAAAGCCAGUUCUACUUAACUUUAAUAGUGAAACUUAAAUUUAGUCAUUUUCAAGUCUCUCAAUUACAAGUACACUAAAACACACGCACUAGUACGACUGAGUGUUAAUCCAGUUGAAUUGUUGCAAUCUGGCUUUUGCCGGCCAUCGGAGGAGGAGGAAGAGGAGGAGCUUCUUCAGUUUUCCAGCUGAAAAAAGUUAAAAAGGGGAGAAGGGAUUCACUGACACGGUGGUGCAGAACUAGUCACGUGUGGAUCGCGCGUUUUCUCGCUCGACCAAUUCCAUUCUUCUUCCUUUUUUUUUUUAAAGUUUGUUAUGAGAUUCUUUAAAAGUAAUAGUUGCCUAUGAGGGCAUCUAAACCAUGGUGGUGGCUGCUGAAAAAAAGGCUCGCUAUGUUUGAUGGGGGAACAUGUGGAGCAAAGAUGAAACCACUGCCAUUUAUGGUAGUUAUCUGUACAUUAAUGUUGUUCGUGGUGUAUAGGACCACUAAUUAUCAGUACCGACAAACAGAGAUGGAGUCAAGAUUAAGGCCUUUUUUUAUGCUAAAGGAUUCUGGUAUACCUACUACGAGUUUGAAUGCAUUACCUCGUGGCAUCAUUGAGGCCAGAUCGGAUCUAGAGUUAAAGCCUCUAUGGUCAAGCGAUAGUUCAAGAAAAGAGCUCAAUACUCCCAGUUCUCAGUGCUUAUUGGCUAUUCCAGUUGGUAUUAAGCAGAAGCGCAAUGUUGAUAGAAUCGUACAAAAGUUUCUUCCAGAGAAUUUUACAAUUGUUCUUUUCCACUAUGAUGGCAACGUGGAUGGUUGGUGGAACCUUGAAUGGAGUAAGAAGGCAAUACAUAUGGUUGCCUUCAACCAAACCAAAUGGUGGUUUGCAAAGCGCUUCUUACACCCAGCUGUUGUAUCUGCUUAUGAUUACAUAUUCUUGUGGGAUGAAGAUCUUGGGGUGGAGCAUUUCUGCCCAAGAAGAUACUUGGAGAUUGUAAAGGCAGAAGGACUGGAAAUAUCUCAGCCAGCUUUAGACCCUAAUUCUACCGGUAUACAUCAUAGAAUUACAAUACGACAGAGAUCAAAGAAGUUUCACCGAAGAGUCUAUGAAACCAGAGGCAGUACGAAAUGUUCGGAUGCAAGUGAUGGGCCACCAUGUGCUGGGUUCGUGGAAGGAAUGGCUCCUGUCUUUUCAAGAGCUGCGUGGCAUUGUUCCUGGCACCUAAUACAGAGUGAUCUUGUUCAUGGAUGGGGAAUGGACAUGAAACUGGGAUAUUGUGCGCAGGGUGACCGCACGAAAAAUGUGGGAGUGGUUGAUAGUGAAUACAUAGUUCAUCAGAGUAUACAGACAUUGGGAGGGAAAUCUGCCAAAAAGACCUCAAUUGCUGGAGGGUCAACAAAGAGGCAUGAAGUUGAUGUACGAUUGGAGGUUAGGAGGCAAUCAACAUCAGAGCUUCAGACAUUUGAAGAUCGGUGGGAGCGAGCCAUUAAAGAGGACAGAUACUGGGUGGAUCCAUAUAAAGGAAGCCAAAGAAGGCGGCGGCGAUACAGCAGAAGACGGCAUCAUAAAGCGUAGCCUUAGUUUGUCCGAUCACUCAGAUUCACACCCUGUAGUUCUUAGUCUCUGCAGGCUAUAAUGAUCAUCAUCAUUAAUUCAUUGUUUCAAUAGUGCCAUUAUUUAUUUGUGCCUGUAAUUCAUUUUUUUUUUUUUACUAAUGUUACAAAUGACUCCUCACUAAUUCCCCUUCCAUGUUUAAUGCUUCAUGAAACGGCCUUUGUGUCAUGGGAUAUGUAAAAUCUGUGUUUUGAUGCAUAUUUUAUGACGUCAAAACCCCAUCAUGCCAUUGGAAAA